AUGAUAUCCGAACAAGAGGCUGCCAACUUCGACGUCUUCAGAGAUUGCCUUUCUACUUCAAUCAUCCAAAGACUUGCACCGGAUGGCGGUGGCAAGGGUUCGACAAAAAAGAAGGUGAAGGGGCGAAAGAAUGAGAUCAAACCUGUUGUGAGAAGCAUUGAAGGCGAAGUGGAGAAUGAUGCUGCUGAAUUGGGGGAUUUUGUUGAGUAUCUUGCAGAGGAGAUAUUCCUCAGUCUUCCAUCCGACUUGAGAACACUCUCUUACAGCGCAAUACAAGACGAUGCAGAUCUGGGAACCACAUACAGCGUACCUAUGGAUACUAUGCUCCUAGAAAGAUUUGUUGAAGCAYUGCCACUCACAGUCGCGGACUCCCUAACUUCAUACAACCUGAUUGUUUCACCCUCGGAUUUGGAUCGUUUCCUCGAACCCGCUUUCUCAACUUAUAUUACAUCCACAACUUCAGUCCCACCGGAACAUACUCCAUCUCUCGCAGCUUCACGGCCAGAAGGAUGUGAGAUUUGCGAGAGAGAGCAUCUUCCCCUGACAUAUCAUCACCUCAUUCCACGGGCAGUACAUACCAAGGCUGUGAAACGUGGAUGGCAUCGAGAGUGGGAGUUGAACAAAGUGGCAUGGUUGUGUCGGGCCUGUCAUUCUUUUGUGCAUAAGAUUGAGAGUAACGAAGUGCUUGCAAAGGACUAUUAUAGCGUGGAAUUGUUGAUCGAGAGGGAGGAUGUGCAGAAGUGGGCUGGCUGGGUUGGGAGGAUCAGGUGGAAGGCCAGAUGA